UUUUUGACCAAAUUUCUGCCGGAUAUUUAAUUUAUUCAAAAGCAAAUAAUUAUACACAUACAAUCUAAAUGUAUUGAUUUGUACCCACACGAGCCAACAAAGACGUAAAGCAGACUAGAAAGAAGUUUAUAUAUACGGUUGCUGUCUUUCAAACAUGGAAGAACUAAUGAAAAGACAACCUUACAUUGACAGUUAAAAUAACACGUUAACAGUGUACGAAAAGGACAGCUAUGUCUGACGAACCGGAAGAAACUGAAUACUAUUUGCGUCUUCUGUCUAUGUAUCUGGAUUUGGGUACAGAAACUGUUCUGGAUGUAUUUGAAUAUCAUUCACCAGGAGGAAAUCCUAAGACAUUUCUAAAGUCAAAGGAAGAGACAAUUAUAAAAUUGAAGACCAAACGAAUAUUAAAUAAACAAGAGUCUUAUCUACUUUUGCAAGAGGUUAACGCCGAAGAUAAACAGAAAGUAAAUUAUGUGCUGAGGAGUCUACUGGAUCUUAAAAGAUUUGAUAUAUCAUUGCUAAUAACUCUGUCCAUAAAUCUUUUCACUGAACAACUAUUACCACCUCCGGCUAAAGGAUGGGAUCAACCACCGAAAAACAGUGACAAGUCUAUAGCGGCUGACCUGUUACGCCUCCGGACAACACGAAAUGUUAUUGUCGGUCAUCAUCCAAGAGCACGCUUGCCAAAGUGGCGAUUUGACGAGGAGUGGGAAAAAGUAUCAGAAAUAUUAAUAAGAAUACAGCAACAACUGCCUCUGAACAAGGAAGCCCGCAUGAAAGAAAGAGUCGAGGCAUACCGUUUUCAGAGACUAGACCCAACUGUUAAGAACAUGAAUGAUGCGAAAAUAAGGGAAUGGCAUGAAGACGUUUCGAAAGUGCAGGCACAGGUAGAAGACUUGAUCAAGAAAAUUGAAGGUUUUGAUGCUUACUUUGAAAAAAAGUGUGACCGAUAUGAAAAGUAUAUAGCGUUACUGGUCAGAGGCGGUGGCUUCGUGCUAUCAGCUUUACUCGGUAAGGAAAUUAAGAAGCAAGGAAGAGACUUACGGAGCAUACUUGAUGACUCGAAAGACACCCUUGAAGGAAUUAUAACUGAUUCAAGACAACUAGAAGUUCUUUAUCCGUCUACGUUGGAUAGUAAACAGUCAGACCCGUCUACUUGGGACGUUCCUUUAUUAGAAACUGUUACCCUUCAACUCUUUGGCAACAGUAUUGAGCCUGUAGCAAGAGAUGCAAUAGAAACUCUCGGCGAUGCUUGUCGGAAUUAUGCAGACACAGCGUUCAUUGCACUAGAUGGGAACAGAUUUGAAGAUUAUUCGACUGACCUUAAAGCAAGUAUACGAAUAAUCUCUAACUACAUUGACAAAGAGCAGUCAAAUAAGUGUAAACAGAUAUUGGAUGAAUGCAAGGAAAACUUAUCCAAUGGAUCGUUUAAAACUUACAUGGAUGAGUUGAAAACACAAAGCUUUCUACUGAAAUCCUUCACGGAUAUUUCUAAAGAAACGCUUCAGCAAACAAAGGACUGUCUUCAAGAGAUGAUAACAAACGGGAUAAGUUUCAAAAAAAGUCAUGAACUGGAACUGAAAAUGAUCACUCUCGGGAAUGAUUAUCAGAAGACGGAAUUAGCAGAGGAAAUACUGACAAUAGUCUGGCAUGAAGCGUUAGACAGAUCCAAUGAGGCAACAGAAUUUCCAGAAGUAAAAAAAGAAGUGUUGAAGAUAUUAGAAGAAAUCAAAAAGGGGAAAAACAUUGAAAGUAUUUCAAUUAAAAAGGCAUGUAUAAUAAUGCAGAUAUCAUGUACAUCACCAAGUGAUAUGCUGGCUGUAAUCAACUAUUUCGGAAGUGAUGAAUUGUACGAAGCACUUCGAAACAUAGCGCAGGAGCUCGGUUACUACUUCAACACAGCUUUUACAGUUUUCUCAGUGAUACCAAUCGAUUCCCUGUGGGGCAUAUCAAAUCGCCAGAGUGAUCCCGCACAAACAGAAGAAUUCGGCAUCCGUCUUCCGAUAUCCGUUACCUCACCGGCUGAUAUGCUGCAGCUGAGAUCGUUGAUCAGCAGCGAAAAGAUAAUCAAUAGUACAAAUUCUAUUGCGGACGCUUUAUCGAAACACCUAGCUGGAAAAAUAACCGUAAAAGCUGAGACGGAUAUGAAGGAAUUAAAGAAUGUUUUAGAUGCAGAAAUGACAAACUCAGACAGCAGCAGCAGCAACAGCAGCAGCAUCAACUGCAGUAGCAGUAGCAACAGGCAACACUAUCGUUCAGAUACUGACUGCAAAGCAGAUUUAAGCCAGCUUGACAAGUGUGUUACUUCCCAAGAAUGCCGAGAACAAAUAAGUCGUGAAGAUAUUUACGAAGACUUAAACAAACAGCAUAUGCCUGACGGAAAUUAUGAGGUCAGAUAUAAACCAAAAACAGAGGUCCAAAGUGAAACGGCAUAUUCAAAGAUCGAAGCUGCCCAUACAGGACUUAGUACGGAAAUAGAGGUCGGAUAUAAACCAAAAGCAAACGUCCAAAAGGAAACAUCAUAUUCAAUGAUCGCAGCUGCCAAUACGGAAAUAGAGGUAAUGAGGCAUUUACCAUGUAGACUACAGGAACAUUCCUACAAUAUAAAUGAUUAUUCAGUUACAUCUGAGAUUAAUAAGCUAGUGAAAGAAGCACAGGGUGUCGCGCACUGCGUUGCAAAUACGUUUUCGGUCAGAGUAAAUGAUGUCUUACAGCAGAAAUAUAAACUUUCAAGAGUAAAUUGUCCAGGUAGAGUGGAUAUUGAUAAUCUAUCUCGUAGUUUACUCGAAUUCAAAGAAGGUGUAAACGACUGCUUUGGACAAGCUCUUGCCAUGAAAACUAACAUUAACAACUUUAUUGAAAUAACCAGAGGUAAGAAGAAAUGUAAGGAAACAGAAAUAGAACUUGCUAAAAUUGAAAUAUCGGGAUUAGAUAAACAGAUACGACUUACAGAACAAGAUAUCACAAAGUACGAAGAGGAUGCACGCGAAGAAGAACGUGGAGCAGAAGAACUAGAAAACCGUGCAACAGACCUUCGCCAUGAAUCAAGGCGACAUCGUGAAAAUGGGUUAGGAUGGGGUUUUUUGUCGUUUGGUGUUGGGCUGCUGUUUGCUCCCUUUACAGGGGGAUUAUCAGUCUUUCCUUCACUGGCAUCAGCAGGAAUUGGAAUGAAAAUCAAUUUUGAUAGCGCCGAUGAUUGCGACUGUACCGCCAGGAGUCUACGAAUCAGUGCAGAAGAUAAAAGAACAAAGGCGGAUAGACAGAGAAAAUUGAUGAAAGAAUAUGAAUCAAAGAGGGAUGCAAAAUACAGCGAGAUACGAGAUCGUAACACUAUGAUUGAUAACCUUUCAAAAACGUGCAAUGGUCUUAUCGAACUUGAAAGGCGUCUGCACCUCUCUGUUUCCGGAUUUGAACGUGUAAUUCGUAUUGUACAGGAUUUCCAGAAUGCAAUAGAUUUGACUUGGCUACAAGGUGAUUCAUUUGAUCUGUUGAAAGAAGUUUUCAUAGAUUGUCCUGAAGAAUUCCACGAUGAGGCAUUCGGCGAUGAGGCACACAAGGGAUUGCAAGAAUUGAAGGAGAAAUGGAAACAACUAGAACAACUAUUUUUGUCAUAUAGUGACCAUCGUGGAGUGGCAUUUUAAAACAAAAGUAUGACGCAUGUUAGGAAUUUAGUUAGAACUAUUUUAUAUACCACAAGUCAUCAUAACUAAACAUGUAUCAUAAUGUUAUGUAUUCGGCUUAACGUGCGUUUCCACAUUCAGGUUGUUUCAUAUGAAAAUUCCAUUUGUCAUCAUAUUUUAUGUCUUUAAUAGAAGUUAAGCAAUUAUAUUUUUUAAUGACGGUAAAGUCGUCUUGUCAUUACCUAGACUUCAGCUGUAGACAUACAGAGAUAAAAUCUUCAAGUUGCUUUUGUAAGCAUUAUUUCUGUGAUAAAUGACGGUCUUUGUAAUUGUUUUCGCCACCUCUUAUAUUUUCAUAUUCUACUUAAAUCAGUUACGCGGUAAUUAGUAUGUUCUUACUAAAUUUGUAGAUUUCAAGGUAACUCACUGUAUAACAAUAAAGAUGUAUUAUUUAAGGAGCAUUUUUGCAAAAGUUGAUAUUUUUGUAUUACCUUUUUCAGAGAAAAGACGUUAAAAUAGUUUUUAUUCAUAUGUAAAGCAUUUAAUUUACAUCUGAAAUGAUGAACAAACCCAGCAUUCUGCAUGAGAUUUCACACAUAUUUAAACCGAUAUCAAUAAUAUUUUUCGAACCUCUAAAUAGUAAUCACUGCUCCUAAUAAAACCUUUAAGAAGAUCAUUUAGAGGCAUAUAAUGCAACCAAACACUAUAAAACAAUAUUCGUUUUUGAGUUUGCUCAUAAGAGGUUAUGAAAAUGGAACAAUCGCACAGCCAUAGCUUAUGGAAUACUGUAACGCAGUGCGAAUGAAUUCCAUUCCAAAGAACCUGAAAAAGUCUGGCAUUGCCUUAGUAUAGCUUACGUAUAAACAAACAGGGACUACGAUUUGAAAGGAAUAGACACGUAGAUUACUGUUCCCGUGAAGCAAGUUUUUACAGAACAAAACUUGUAAAAAAUGAUGAUGCAAACAUAAAUAGAAAAACAAUGAAUAACACAAAGAUGAUAGGAACAAAGCGGGUGACACCCUGUGGCAAAAAAUACCUUAAAAGUGUACGCCAAUGUCAUGAAAAAAAGCUGAAUGGGAUAUAUAAAUGAAGAAGAGUUCAUAAAAAUGUAGGUUAUGUUUUGUUUGCCUGAUCAGUUUCUGAAAAGACUAUCUAUACUCCUGACUGCUGAACCAAUGUUGGCUUCAGGCUGUUGUUAUAUUCAGAGUUAUUCUCCUUGAUAUGACAUGUAUAUGUGCAAUUCAUAUCAUUAAUUGUUUUUACUUCAAGUAAACAUGUGCUCAAAAUUCACUAGAUCAGUAAAUGGAGGAUUCGAAAAUUAUACAGUUUGCUAAAAAAUGUUAUGCUGCUUUAAAUUUUGAAAUAUUUCUAUACUUAAAAAAUAUUCUGUUAUCGCUAUUUUAAGAUGAAUCAACCAAAAUUUAAAAUGUUUAAGCUGUUUAAGUCGUAUUUAUCUGCUUGUUAUGAAUACACAAGAAAAGUUUGUUUAGGUCAGAUUAAGACGACAUUUUAAGUCAUAAUUUGUAGCAAUAGACCCUUAUGCUAAACAUAGAUUAUAAAGAUAACCAGUGCCUUUUGAGAUUUAUGGAGCCGAAACAUGGAAUGGAAAAUUAUCCUGAUUUGCGUGAGGCUCUCAGUUAACGUUAAUAACUUAACCCUAGUGCUCCGCUCUAUCUUUCAAUUGAUAAACAUUAAUUAAGUAAGUAACCAAUUAUAAUAACUUUUAAUUAAAUCUAAUUGAAUCAUUAGCUGCAUUCAAACAUUUUAGACAAAGUACUGACAUACCCAUUGUGUCUUGUAUAGAUAUGUCACCUGAUAUGCCUUGCAAAACUUAGACCUUUUUGUUGAACAAUAAAAAUACAAGCAAACGCCAAGAUUUGAAUAAUUAUUAGUGUAAAUAUUAUCUUUGCUUCUUAGCUAUGCAGGAGUCGAAAAGUGUACUUCAACAUGUUAUUUUAGUCCGUAAUUAAUACCAUUAAGUAGACUUGGUACCAACGCGAGGUUUUUCUUUUGUUGUAGAAAAUUAAUAUCCUAACAAUUCAUUUAUUGAACAUGCAAUUACAACUUGAACAGAGAUCUGUAAAUAAACAAUUAAUUAUUCAUAAAGACGUAUAUAGCCAGAUUUUACUUGGGAUAAUUAUUUGUAAUUCAAAAAUUUCAAUAUAAUCCUGCAAAGUUUUAAUGAAAACUUUCGUUCGGUUUCUGAGAUAUUUAACUUUAUCAGGUGUACUAAUAUACACUAAGCAAAAUACAUAGAGCGAAUUUUGAAAUUAUAGCGUACAUUAAACUACGUACCUGCAAGGCAAGUACUCGGUGAACUGCAUGCUUCAUAUAGAAAGUCUGCAGUAUCAGAGAAAGCUGUAUAUAGGUGGGUACGUCAAUUUAGAAUGGUCAGGGAGUCCUUAUAUACAGGGAACGUCCUGGCAGUGACGUCAAAACACAUUGCUGCUGAAAAACGACUGAUUGAUAAAGACGUCAGGAACACGAUGUCCAAAAUAGUGUCUUUCCUUGUUAGCGUAGAGAACUCAUGGGAUUCUCACCUUUCAUCUGGACUUCAGAAAGGUUUGUACCAGAUGGAUGCCUUACAUUUUAACCGAGGAGCAAAAGGCUGAUAGAGUUAAAUCUGCAAGAGAAACGCCGAAGAAGGUCUCAAAUUUAGAUCAUCGCAUAAUGUCACAGGUCCUACCAGGAGAUGAACAUGGAUGUACUUUUAUGAGCCACAGGAGUUGACAACAAUGGCUACAAAAAGGUGACCUUACACCAGUAAUUGAAAAAGAUAUAAAAGUGACAGAAAGGUUUUGUAUUCCAUAUUUUAACUCGUUCUAAUUCAUACGUCAUCGGAAAGUCAGUCAUUAGAAGAAUUAAAGAGUACUGAUAAGCUGUUAAACGAAAAUCGUAUUCUCGAGUUGAUCCUUGACAACGAUGCCAGCGUUCAAAAGUUUCUGAGAGAUGAAAAUGUAUUACAAAUUAAUCAUCCCGCUUAAUCUAAGUCCUUGUGAACUUUUCUUGUUUACAAGGCUGAAAAAGAUGCUGGUUGGGCGCAGUUACGAAAAAAGCACGUAGGAUUGUUUUUUUCCCCCAGAUACUUAAGAGCAUGCCAAGGAGUGACUACUCUGCAGCGUUCAUCUCUUGGACUGCGGAAAUCAAGGACGAAUACUUUGCAGGGAUAAACUAAAUUUGAAGUCUGUACACAGCACGAUUGUCAUUAUUUUAUGAAUGGCCCUCGUAAUACAUUAGAAGCUCAUUAACGGUUUUGUUUUAUUCUAAUGUAUGGAGUGGCCGUCAUUAUCAUAAAAAAUCUAAAUAUCCGUUUAAGUCGUUACACCGUUUAAAGUACGUAAAUUGACCAAAGUUUGCAACGAUAAAAGAUUAAUUUCAUUGUUUUUCGCUGCAAAUGACAACGGAGGCGAUGCUGACGUCAUUUAAAAAAAUGAGAAUCGCCUACUUCUGGGAAUAAAACAUAAAUACUGAAUUAAAUGAACAGAACUUUGAUUCACUAAAAGUCAUGAAGACUGAGGAAAACAUGUAGUACAAUGUAACAUUUAUUUUUGUAGAUGCGCGCCAUGACUUGUGUACGAUACGAAUUUCAGCGCGACCUACAAGUGCUUAUGCGACGACGGUUACGCUUAAAAGUCACAAUCGAAACCACCACACUGUAUCAGAUUUGAUAACUAAUAAUAAAUAAAUGAUAAUUACAUAUCAAAAUACUUGAGUACAUGUGACAAGAAUGGAAGAAUAUAAAUGAAGUGUUUCAUGUUCUUAGGUGUAUCAUAUCAUUUACGGCAGUAAAAAGAGAGUGCUUGGAUUUAAGUGACAGAGUGAAGAAAGCAUAGGUUAAAUCGGUUAUAUCAUGUCGUCUUCAAGUCGUAUUGUCGUCUCUUACAGUUUUUUUAGUGCGGACACAAUCAUACGGCUAUUGUCAAGCUUUUACUGCAAGAGGUGUCUCCUUCAAAUAAUUUCAGAUACCAAUAGGUCCCAUACAAAUGAUCUUUUUAAGGAUUAUUUAUACUUACAUGACGUAAUUGUAAACGUACAACGGUCAGAGAUAUUGUAAAAUAUACAUUUAGCCUUUCGGUCACGGUGGGUCCUCUUACAGUUAAAAAAUCGUCCCGCGCACAAUCACUGGGGAUAACCUCAGCAAUCUAUAGCCGUUAAAAAAAGUUUUAAUGAUGCUUAGAAUUCGGUUCAAGAUCUCUCUUCUGUCUUUAUCUAACGUUAAACAUGGCGGUAGAGUCCAUGUACAAGUUUGCGGACUGGAAUAGACCCCAUUCCCCGCAUUGCCUAAUCAGUAAACUGCAUAAUAAUUAAUAUAGACUAAUGUUUUACAUGCCAUUUAACAUACAUAAAUAUAUAUAAGAAAUAUCAUAGAGGUACUUAAAUUACAAUGUUCAAACUUCAUUCAGUAAUGAUUUUAAUGAAUGUACGUAGAAUAGAAAUGUAACCGGAAUACCGUCGUAAACAACAUCAGUGUAAAAUGAAGUCCAGUUCAUGUACUAAAUGCACUAGAAAGUAUUCAUAUAGAUCUAUGGACCGAAUAUGCCAUGAACUGAGGAAGGCUAAUGACAUUCGACUGCUAUUCAGUAUAAAUACUUAUUACAUAAUUAUAUGGAAAUAUGAGAGCGAAAAAUCUAGUAAUUUCGUAAUAUAAUAUAAUUUCAAUAUAAACCAUCAAAUAUUCUCUACUAUAGUAUUGGUUUGGUUUAGAUGAGUUAAUAAUCAAGUACUGGUUUAAAUUAUUGCAUACAAUAUUUUACUAAAUGUGUAUGACAAUGCUUUAAAUGAAUGUAAGAAAGAUGUUAAAAAUUGGGUUUCCAAAGUAAAAUGUUUGCUUGAAGAAUAUGGUUUUUCAGAUGUAUGGAAUAGCCCACUUGCUUAUCAGUCAAAUGUGCUUUUACUAACAUUUAAAGAAAGGGCUAUAGAUUGUUUUAAGCAAAAGUGGUUUUCUGAUAUUGCAAACAACAAUGUAUUAAAUACUUUGUAUAUGUAUAUUAAACCUGUAUUUGGUAUGGAAAGUUAUCUAGAAAAAAAAUUGUUGGUAAAAAAACUAGACAAUAUUUAACCCGUAUUAGGGUAUCUGCACAUAGUUUGCGCAUAGAAACUGGAAGAUAUGGUAGAGAUAGAUUGGAGAGAAACCAAAUAAUUUGUCAACUCUGUAAUGUCCACGAUAUUGAGGACGAGUUUCAUUUUAAUUUGAUAUGUAACUUUUAUAAUGAAUAUCGUAGUAAAUGUAUACAAAAGUACUACUAUGAAAGACCAAAUAUGCAUAAAUUUGUCGAACUAUUGCAAUUUACUAAAAAAUCUGUUCAGUUAGAGUUAUGUAGAUAUAUCAGAUUGGCAAGCGAUAAAAGGAAUACUAUGUUACUUAGAUAAUAAGGCAACAUGUUCAUUAUGUCUCCCACCACACAGUGGUAUGGGAGACAUAUUGAUUUACUCCGGUCGGUGUGUGUGUGUGUGUGUGUGUGUGUGUGUGUGUCUGUCACAAAGAUUGUCCGCACUUUAAGUCAAACAUUUCUCAAUCGAUCUUCACUGAACUUGAAAAAAUAUGUUUGACCAUAAGAUCUCGGCCAAGUUCGAUAACUAGCUAAACCGGUCCAGGCAUAUUGGAUAUUGGAGUAACGGCCAUUGAUUUACCGAAAAAUCGGCCUUGUGGCUCUUGUCCGCAAUCUAAGCCAAACAUUUCUUAUUCGAUCUUCACCAAACUUGAACAAAAUGUGUUUGACCAUAAAGGGCCAAGUUGGAUACCUAGCCAAAUCGGUUCAGGCAUUUUGGAGUUACGGCCCUUGAAUUACCGAAAAACCAGCUCUUUUGCUGUUGUCCGCACUCCAAGUUGAACAUUUCCAACACGAUCUUCGCCAAAUUUGUAUAAAAUGUGUUUGACCGUAAGACCUCGGACAAGUUUGAUAAUGAGCCAAAGCGGAGUUUGGGCCCUUGAAUUGUUGUGAGCAAUCUGUAUAUAAAGGCUUGACUUGCAAUUUAGAUGAUUAGGCAGUUGAGGGAGGCAUUCCCUUUUCUUAAAAGCAGCUCUAUUUGUAGUAUUGAUAUGAUUGUUUCAUGUGUAUACGAAAUUAUUAAUUGUGCUCAUUCCACAUUGUAUAAAAGCAUUGACAAUUAUAACUGCAUGGAAACAUUAAUACCAGCAGUACUAACAACUACUUAUUUUUUUUGUCAUAGUGAAUUAUACAUAGUUCAUUCUUUCAGACAGUUUAUGUUGCCAUAUCAAUAUUGAAUAGCAAUCACUGAUGUUGUUAUUGUAACGUUUUUUGUGUUCCUUCGCAACAUCAUCGUCUUUAUUUUUAAGACCGUUACGAUUCGCGGGUCUUUUUGCCCCGGGACCUCCCAGUUUACAUUUUUAGGUUUGUUUGUCUGUCAAAAUCGCACAAAUUAAAAAGGAAAUAACUGCUACAUCUUUAUUUACAGUUAAAUGGUUUUGGGUUGUUCCCCUUGAGUUAUCAUGUUAUAUAGUUACCCACUUAUAGUAUCAAAUAAGUGAUUAUUUUGAUGCUGGGUGUCAUGGUGGUUGCUGUGUUUUGGGGUGUUCUGGGGUGUCUUGGGGUAAAAAGACCAGCCCGUUACGGCUUGUUACGUACGAUCCGUUCUCCAUUUAAAGUUUAAAUUUUCAACAACUUUGCCACAUGAUCAUAUCUUAUAUGUCAAUGUAUAUCAUGUAAUGAGGUACUAUAUGUACAAAUUACUGAAUAAACUUUUGUUCUGUUC